UUUUAACGUAACGUUUGACAUAAAUUUCCCCCAGUAUUAUAAUCUGUUAUGUAUUAAAUAACUCGUGUUCUACGUAAUCAGUUAUAACCUUAACCUUUAGAACGUCAACGUUAGAUUUUUGUAUCGUAAACAAAUCUUAACCAAACUAAAAUUGUGUUACAUUUUUUGAAUUUUGAAUAUUGUGAUCUGUGUAAUUAUAAUCGCCAUAAUAUUUUUAUAUGUAGAAAGUGAAUAAUUUUAAUAAUCAUCAACACUUACUAUAAACAAGUAGUAUAGUAGUACUUAUAGAUUUCUACAAUAAUAAAGAAUUUCUACCGAAGCCAUAAUGGCGGCCAUGGUAUUACCCGAAUUAUUUGCACAACAAACACCUUUCUUUAUUCAUAAUACAAAACUACUAUUAUCCAAACAUAAACAUAUUAUAAAUUGGAGAAAAACCCCGUCUAUUCUAGAGUUUGGUUUCGCAGAUGGGAAUAACUCCAAAAAUUGUUUACAACUAAUAAUUCCUCCAGACUAUAAAGAAUUUAUAGGCGCUGAUGUCUCUAAACCUAUGGUUGAUUAUGCUAGAAAAAACGUUGUACUACCAAGGUCAAAUUUUUGUCAAUUAGACAUUGCAACAGAAAGUGUUCCUGAUGAGUUAAAAAAUAGGUUUGAUCAUAUAUUCAGUUUCUUUACUAUCCAUAUGGUAAAAUUUCCCAGGCUAGCAUUUCAAAACAUCCACAGAAUGUUAAAAGAAGGAGGACAAACUUUUCAUGUAUUAUAUGAACGCAUCCCAACUGACGCAGUUUUUCAAAAAUUAAGUCAGCAUCCAAAGUGGGGAAGAUGUAAUCAGGAAAUGAUGAUAUCGCCGUACUUUGAUAAGGAAAAUCCAAGACAACAUUAUGAGAAGGAUUUAAAAGAGGCUGGAUUUGCAGAUAUUUAUUUUCAAGAGCAUAGAAAUUUGACAUAUACUUUUCCAAACGAGAAAGUUCUUACAGAUUUGUUUAUUUCUAUAAACGCAACCUUACCGUAUGUGCCUGAAAGCGAACUUGAAGAAUACAAAAAGGAUUACCUGACCAUAAUAAGACAACGUAUGAAGCAUGCUGCAGCCGAAAAAGUCAUUCCCAAUGAUCUUACAGCUAAAUAUACUUUAUUUGUAAUAUCUGCCCAAAAGCAAUAAAG